CACUUCUCGGGCUCGUCGCAGCGCGAGCCCUCCUGCGCCCGCGCGCGUCAGGCAGCUGCGUGUUGCUUGCGCUCCUUCUCGGCUCUUCCCUCCCACAUCCUCACACGCUGCCAGCGAUGGCCGCACGGCCAGCUGCCGCACGCACGUCGUCGGUGACGUCGUACGUCUCCAACGCGUCGGACAUCUCGCUCGGCUCCGACGACAGCUGGGAGCUGGAGCAGCGGCGUCUGGCGCAGGCCGAGUGGGAGGAGGGCCUGCGGCAGCUGCAUCUGGCGUGCCAGGUCAUGGUGCUGCCCUUCUUCGGCAAGUGGAUGGGCCGGAAAUGGGCGUACUGGAUCUUCACGCGCUACCAGCAACACGGCUUCUCAGCCACACUCUUCGGCGUCAGCUGGCUCACGCCCUGGGUGCCGACGAGCGCCGUGCCGGGCCCCAUCGCCGUGCUGGCGGGCCUCGAGCAAUGACACACGGGAUCGUUCAGAGCAGAGACCUGGCUUGUAUGCCGCAUAGAAUGGUCGCAGCGGGCUGAUGUGUAUAGAAGGCAGGGCGGCCCUGGGCGUUUUAUGUUGCUGGGUG